ACAAGACACCUCGGGAGCCGCACCGUGGCUCCUCGUUUGACCUCUGUCAUCCCGGGCUGAUCGAGCUACCAGAGAUAAUCCGUGCUCUCCAAGCGCGAGUCUCCUCCUCCUCCGCCGCCGCCGCCGCCGGCGGCAGUCAAGGCGGCGAGAGUUAAAAGCUUCGCCCCGGCGGCCCAGCUGGGAAGAGGAGCGGGAGAAGGGAAAGGAAGGCGCCCCGGGGACCCCCUGCCAGGGAGGCAGCCGUCAGCCCCGCACGCCUCCCCUUGGCCUGGCGGAGCAGGGCAGGCGGCGGUGCUUGAGCUUCCUGUUUCCACGCGAGAAAGGAGCUGUCUCCCGCAAUACUGUCUCCCGGGACCCGGCCUGAAACCUAGCUAGUCUCUCCUCGGAGGCGGGUUGGCCGAUCCGCUAGGGCCGUCGCUUAGGACGGAGACGGGAAUUCCCCAGAGGUAGUUGGACUGUGACUGGACCAGCCUUAACCCCUGACCGCGUGGUCUGAAGAGAAGGGCGCUCACCUCUGUGCUAAAACAGGCCUAUUUCCAUCAUGGCCCCUCUGAAAACCAACGUGCAAAGAUCCAGACCAAAUAGGAGUCGUGAUUGCCAUUUUAUCCCCGGAAAGCUGAAGGCAGCACAGAUCUCUGUUCCAACAGGAAGCUAGCACCGUUUUUGCUUCCCGGAGAGGCAGUUGACUUGCGAAAUGGGGAGAGUUGCUGAGAGAUCUGUGCACCUGACUCUCCCUUCAGCCCUGAACUGACUAGCUCGCCAAAUAUACCUUAUAGCAGGGUUUUUCAAGCUGCCUUCCUAGAAUCCUAGAGUCCCAGGAGAACUGAUGGGAUUCCAUGAAAGAUUGGGGGGGGGGGGACAUUCACUUGCAUGCAGUCGGUAUUCUCUGGCUCAAACUUUGUCUCUGGCUCAGGGAUUCCGGGAUUUUUUUCCCUUAACUGCUUCCACAGCCUGAAAAAGUUUGAAAACCCCUGCCUUACAGGAUCAUCAUGUAAGCUUUCACAGGGCAGAUAUCUGUAAUACUAAGUGCUUCCAAAUGAAGGCUUGUGAAAUCAUCCACCAAUUAUUGCACAAUUUUAUGCACUCAGGAAAUCCACUGAAAAUCCUCAUUUGUUUUUUCAGCAUAUUUUUGCCUCUGUUUUUCUUUUUUUACUGUGGGAAGUUCUAGGUUUUUGGUUUUUUUUAAGAAUGAAAAGUAAUACAGCCUCCAGAAGGUGUUCUAUGAAAAAGCACCUUGCAAAGAUGGCCCAAGAAGGAGAGGCAGCCCCUAGGGUCUCCAAAGACCAGGAUCGAGGAUGGGCUUGGAUGGUCUUAAUAGCCACAGUACUGGUUCAAGGUCUAACACUGGGUUUUCCUUCCUGUGUUGGAGUCUUCUUCAAGGAUCUGCAGCAUGAUUUCCAAGCUACCAAUAGUGAGACAUCAUGGUUCCCCUCCAUCAUGACAGCUGUCCUCCAUGCAGGUGGUCCUCUUUGUAGCAUUUUGGUGGAGCGAUUUGGCUGCAGGAUAACAGUCAUGCUAGGAGGCCUCCUCAGCGGAGUGGGCAUGGUUGCCAGUGCUUUCUCCAAGUCUCUUAGCGAGCUUUACAUAACAGCUGGAUUCAUCACUGGCCUAGGAUCAUCUUUUAGCUUCCAAGCAGGAGUCACAGUACUUGGUUACUAUUUUAUACAACGGCGAGCACUAGCCAAUGCCCUGGCCUCCACAGGUGUCUCCCUUGGCCUUACACUGUGGCCGCUGAUUUCCCAGUAUCUGCUUGAUGAGAUGGGCUGGAGAAACACAUUUCUAAUCUUUGGGGGAGUGCUGUUGAACUGCUGUGUGUGUGGGGCUGUGAUGAGGCCAGUCCCAGUCAAGCUGCCUGCCCUUUCCUUGAAAUCUUGUUCUGAACAGUCAACUGAAGGAGUACACCUGCCUAAUGGUAACACUUUGCAUCAUAAAGAACAAUGUCAGUCAAGAUAUACUGCAUGUUUCCAGACCCUGAAGAAGUACCUAGCUUUUGAUAUCUUCUGCAAGAACAAAGGCUACCAAAUCUAUACCCUCGGAGUUACCUGGAUGGUGAUGGGUUUUGUGCUGCCCCUCGUUUACUUGGUGCCCUAUGCCAUCUUGAAUGGAGUGGAGGAGCAGAAAGCAGCUCUCCUCAUUUCCAUUAUCGGGUUCAUCAAUAUAUUUAUGCGCCCAAUGGCAGGCCUUCUCUCAGGCCUUAGUGUCUUCACUGGCAGGAGGAUCUACCUCUUUAGCUCAGCUGUGAUGCUCAAUGGCCUCAGUAACCUCAUCUGUGCUGCUUCAGCUGAGUACAGUAUUCUUGUCCUCUACUGCCUGGUCUAUAGUGUCUCCAUGAGUGUCAUCGGUGCACUUCUCUUCCAAGUGUUAAUGGAAGUGGUGGAAAUGGACAGAUUCUCCAGUGCCCUGGGUCUUUUCACCAUCUUGGAAAGUAUCACCAUUCUUAUUGGACCUCCUCUUGCAGGUCUUCUUGUGGAUGUUACAGGACACUUUAGUUAUGUCUUCUAUGCUUCCAGCUUCUUCAUGGUGUCAGCUGCUCUCUUCAUGGGACUUAGCUUUUGCACAAUGGAGGCCAAGAACAAAUUGAAAGAAAUUAAUAAGCCACCACCUGAAGAUCCCUCCAAGGGAAAAUACAUAGAAGUGCCAACUGAAUUUGGGCCUAUGAAGAAUGGUCCUCCUGAAGUAAUCUAUAUAACAAGCAUCUGAAUGCAAAGGAGCUGGAGGAAUAUUGUAUUAUGUGAAAAUGCAAAAGGGGGGGGAAGGGACACGACACAGAGAGAAGUGCCUUUUUUUGUGUGCUGACCUCCUUCCUGCUAUAAUGGUCUCAACUGGGUUGGGUUCAGAUUUCUAGAGAAAUUAUCCAGAUGAGAAGAUAUAAACCCAAAGCCACCUAUGGAGCACUUUAAACAAAAUGUAUAGGAUGCAAGUCUUAUGACAGCAUCUGAUAUUACUUGAAGCAUAACAAUUGUUGUUAUCAGGUUUUUUUACAGACUCUUAGUAAAAAUAGGACAUUCACCCUUUGGGUUAUGAACUACCUUGUUCUCUAAAAAAAAAAAAAGCAAACCCAGCAUAAUAUUGCUUAUACAGGACAUUUGGUUUUGGAGAGGCCAAUUUGUUGUAGUUAAGCUUGUAUGAAGUCAAUUGGCUGACUUCUCUCCAAGCAUAGGUCCAGAAUUCUUAUUUAUUGAUCUUUACUGCUAGUUUCUUGAAUGUUAAGCAGAAUUGUUCAUCCCUGUUUUAUAAUUUGAGGGCAUUUUCUAGAGGAAUAUAUCAUGCCACUUAAAGCAGCCUGAGUGGAUUUAUAUGCACUGCUGUAACCAAAGUGAAUCUUUUCUGCAUUUCAAGGCCUUUUUGUGGAGACAAAGUCUCAACACUGAAACUGCAACUUAGAGUAAAAGUGGAUAGCUCCAAAGUGCCUAUACAUUAACCAACAGUGUCUUAAAUUUCUUUUCUUCCUCUUGGAAUAUAUGUUGCUGCAAAGAAAGUGUCAUGACCAUAAGCUGAGAUAGUCAUUUUAUUUUUCCAAGAAUAGUUCUUGGGACUGGUAGACCAUAUCACUUUCAAAAGGCCAGUACAGUCAUCUAUGUUCUUGUCUUUAGUGAGCUAUAGUAGGCUUCCAUAGUCUCUAUAGAAUCAACUCUAUACAUAGAUAAUAAUAUGUAUAUGAGUAAAAAGGUCAUCUUGUAGGUUUAAAGGAAAAUUAGGUCGAGAAAUGCUGCUUCUCUAAAGCAAUAGGUCGAAAUCAAGACCAUCUCUGUUCUGGACUGAAAUUCUCAACAAAACUAUACUAUUAAGAGGAUGGUACAUCUCUGAAAUAUGUUUCUUAAAGGGAUUAUUUUAUUCUGAACUUGAUCUGCUUUGCCUAGUUUCUUUAAAAUAGCAGUAUUUAUAUUGGAACGUGAAUAUGUUUCAGUCCAGGCUGGUUGCUUGCUUUUGACAGUUCAGACUUUCAUUUCACAUUCUGCUGUUCCAGUUCUAAUCUCUCUGUAAACAUUCACCUUAUUUAAGCCUUGUGAAGUCCAAAGUGGUUUUUAAUGAAAGAGAAUUCUGCCUAGGAACUCAAGCACUUUAAGACAUACAGUUUCAAAAGAGUGAUGUUGAAAUGAAGUAAGAAGGAAGUCACAGCCCUACUGAUCAACCUAAAGUUGAUACUAACCUAUAUGAAUUGAGAUGACAGGAAUGCAGGAUUGGCCCAAAGCAUCUUGAAGUCCUGAAGCAUUAAAAUUAAUUUAUCAUUAAGAUUACUUUGUGCUUCGAAGAACUGUCAGGGGGAUGUGGGGAGGAGGAGAAAAGGAAUUUACCAGAGCUGGAUGAGUGAAGUUGAACAUGCAGAUGCAUGGCCACAAACAUGGCUUGGAAAACCCUACAAUGAAAGCCAUAUCUCUAAACUUUUGAAGAUUGGAUGUUUUUUCAAUAUGAUACAGUGAAAAUCUUGAGACUCUUUUGUAUGUGAUUAUCUGUGAAUGUAGUUAACACAUGGUUGAAAGUGGAAAAGAUAACUUAAAUAUAAAAAUAUAUCUGCAUAGGACAGACAAAAUAUGUUUUCAAUCUUAAGCACAGUUCCGUUAUUAAAAGGCUGCUAACAAGGUUGGAGUUUGACAAAUUGGGGUUUCCAGGGAAGAAAUGGCAGAGCCAGCAACCGCAGAAGAAUGAAGAGCCAGCAAGUAGACCAGCUCUUCAUAA